CACGCUGCACAGGAGCGGGUCGGUGGUGGGUGAUCUGCCCCCUUCGUGGUGGGUGUGUUGCAGUCGCAGCACAGCAGCGGCCGCGUGGGUGGCCAACCCCCUUGGCACCCUCCAGCCGCGGCCCCCGAGGCGGGAGAAAGGGGAAGAAGGGAGAAUGCUACUGUGUAAUCAGGCGGGAAAAAAAGACAUGUGAAAAGGAAAGGGUGCCAGUCACGCAGAACUGGAUAGAUUGGCCAAGCACGCAAGCACCGUGAGGAGGAACAGGCGAAAGCUUCCCGCCGGCACAGCCUCACCCAUCUCUAUCCCCUUGUUGCUGCGAAAGGCUGAUUGAUGGAAGCAAGAGAGAAGAGGCUCAUUGAGGUGUAACGUGGCUGGCGACCCCCCAACACUGGCUCUGCUCACGGACACGGGCUGACAGCCUGUUUACGGCGCCUCAUAGGCUCUGGGGCAAAGCUUGGCACCGGCACUUGUCGGCCCUAACACCACGACAUUGACGGUCAUACUUUUCCCGGAUGCUUUCCAAAUUGUGAUGUUCUUCCAAGACCCGGUGUUUUAAUGCGCCGGUGCCAGCCAUGGCUGUCAAUGUCAACAACCAAUGGGCUGGGUGGAUUGCCUACCACUUGGUCAAAUCAUGCGAUGAACGGGGCCAGCAAUGACGUUUCCCGGACAGGACGAUAAUUAAGUAGACAGACAGAGUCUGUCUGUCCGUCUGUCUGUCUUGCAAGCCGUGCUCGACGACUGCCCUGUGUUAGCCUGUGGCACGAGUGAACCAACUUCAAUGUGUCGAGUAAUGGCGCAUGCCGCCUUGGUUUCGUGGUGUUUCAAGUCAAGAUCGCACUGUCUGCCCGGAUCAUCAGAGUUCAGAUCACCAAAAACAACAUUUCAACAGUCACCUCGGUCACUUCAGUCACCUACCCUCCCGAGCUGUAGCUGUCCCAGAGCUUCGUGAAUCAGCCCCAGCCUACCCACCCAUCUAUCUAGACCUACGCCCGCCGUUUUCUGUUUUUGGCUUUGUCCCUCGCCGCAUACGACCCCACCCACGGCGGAGAUAUUUCGAUACUCGUCGCUGCUGCAAGGAGGUAGCAGCAGCAGAAGCAGCAGCAGCAGAAGCAGCAUGUUGGUCAGGGACUUCAGGCGCUUCGCGCUGGUGCUCGGCUCGGCGAUCCUGCUGGUGCUGCUCUGCGUUAGGCUCGUCGGCCCAGCCGGCACGGAGACCUUGUUAGGCCUGCAGGUGGGUGACUGGCCCGGCGGCGGCGGUUCGCCGACAUCACCGGAGCCGCUGCAUGAGCCCCCGUUCGAGGAGGCCGCCGCCGCCCAAGCCCUCGCCCUCGCCCAGUCGCAGCAGAGCACACUAACCGACGGCUCAAAGGGACUCAACGACGCCCCGCUGGUGUCUUCGCCGCCGCCCCCGCCGACAAAACCGUCCCGGUUCAUCGGCCCCAAUGGCGAGAUCGUCGGGUUCCAGCCGCCGUCCGAGGUCAGGCCCGGCGGCUCGGGGGUGCCGCACACCGAGAUCUUCUCCGUGUCGACCAAGGACAGGCGGUACUUCCCCAUCCGGAUGGGCAGCGCAAAGGUGCUCAACCCGAACAUCAUCCCGCACCCGCGGCUCGAGGCCGCGUGGAUCGUGGUCGCGCAGAAGAUGGGGGACCGCGACGAGGACGACAGGGAACCGGGCCUGGCGGUCGAGCCGUCGCUCGAGCUGGUCUGCACCGCCAUCUUCAUCGACGGCGCGCUGACGUGCAUCGAGGCCGACGGGCGCGGCUUCGGCGAGCCCACGACGCUGCCGGUGCAGCCCACGUCCGGCGACGGCACAAAGUGCACGGGGGACCUCGAGUUCUUCAACCUCAACGUCGGCCCGCACGACGCCAGGGUGUUUUACGGGCCCCGCGACCCCUAUACCAUCUACGGGAGCAACUCCAACUUCAACUGCUUCGGCCAGUGGAUCCGCGACUUCCGCGGCCUCGUCCCGGAGGCGUGGGGCGGGCAGAGAAGCAGCAGCAGCAGCAGCAGCAAUGCCGCCGACGAGGACGACUGGAUGAAGGCGUCAUCAUCAUCAUCUAGCAGCGGCAGCACAUGGCCCCGCGGGCCCCCCGCCGCCCACGACGAGUUCGCCUCCCCUAACGGCACCGAGCUGCAGCGGCCCCCGCCCUACGGCGCCGUCGAGAAGAACUGGUUCCUGUUCUGGGACUCGGACAACGUGCACUACGUGCACUACGACAUGACGCCGCGGCGGGCGUUUGCGCGCCUCAACGGCGACGGGUCCGUGGGCGAGGACCUCGGCGCGGGCACGGGGUUCGCCCCGGCCCGCGACAACGCGUGCCUCGCGCGGUACCUCCCCGACCUGGCGGGCCAGCAGCACCAGCACCAGGGCCCCGGGUUCCACGAGAGCCUGCACCAGGCGACCAACUCGCUGUCCGUGACGCUGUGCCGGCGCGCGGACCCGGGCUGCACGCCCGACGACGGCAACACGUUUGUGUUUGCCGUCGUGCACCACAAGGUGUACCGGGAUUUCCACUCGGUCUACGAGCCGUACGUGGUCGUCUUCCGGCAGCGGGCGCCGUUCGAGGUGUUUGCCGUCGGCGCGCGGCCGCUGUGGGUGUCCGGGCGGCAGACCACCCAGAGUCCUGGCAGGGCCGAGUCGAGUGAGAUGUUCUAUGUUACUAGUAUCUCGUGGAAGACGAAAGGGCUCAGGUACCAUGGGUACGUGGACGAUGUCAUGUUCCUUGCGUUUGGCAUCGAGGACGAGAGGGCUGCUGGGAUUGACGUGCAGGCUGGGAGCAUGCUGGCUAACCUGGGGUUGUGUGAUGAUGGGGAGGGUCUUGUUUGAUACAUGGGUAGGUGGUGUUAUGGGGUAGCAUCUUGUGAUGGGGCUCGGUUUGAGCUUCCUGGCUUUGAUGUUCCUGGGGGCUCAUUUAUUCCUUGUGGUAUCUGGUAGCAUGGCGUUUGGUCAGUCGCGUCUUAAGCAGUCGGCCUGCGUGCCUUCACUGUAGUAUUGCCCGGGCAGGAAAAGAGACAUGGAAAUAUUUAAUGCAAUAUUCAUCAAGUUCCA